AUAAAACCACAAGAAGCAACGCAAGAAGCAACGCAAGAAGCAACGCAAGAAGCAGCGCAAGAAGAAGCAACGCAAGAAGAAGCAACGCAAGAAUCGGUAAUAGGAAACCUUGAGGCAAAGAUCAAUUCAUUACAAAUAGAACUGAUAAAUGAGAAAGUUCAAGCCGAAUAUUUUAAAAUCAAG